AUGCCUGAGAGGGGUCGUAAGUUAUUAAUGGCUUUGUCGUCCCAGAGGAAACAAUCGUUUGGCGGUCAGCAGUUGUGUCGGUCAGGCACGGUCACCAGAACGAUGGCCUCGCAGGAGCAGGUCUGGCCAGUCCCAAUGAAGGCAAUUGGAGCACAAAACCUUUUGACAAUGCCUGGAGGAGUGACCAAAUCAGGCUAUCUUCAUAAAAAAGGAGGCACCCAGCUGCAGAUCUUGAAGUGGCCCUUGAGAUUUGUGAUUAUCCACGAGGGAUGUAUUUACUAUUUUAAGAGUAGCACAUCUGCAUCUCCACAGGGUGCAUUUUCUUUGAAUGGUUACAACAGGGUUAUGCGGGCAGUUGAGGAGACGACAUCAAGCAACGUGUUUCCUUUCAAGUUAGUUCACAUUAGCAAGAAGCACAGAACGUGGUUUUUUUCAGCGUCUUCUGAAGAUGAAAGAAAGAACUGGAUGCUGUCUUUGAGGAGGGAAAUUGAUCACUACCAUGAGAAGAAAGAAACAAUAGCAGAAUUCAGUGACUCUGGUUCUGAUGCAGACAGUUUCUACGGCUCAGUAGAACGUCCCAUCGAUAUCAAGUAUUCUCAUCACUCAGCAGAUAAUAAUGAAGAUUACGACCAGGAGGAGGAGGAGGAGUCUUACCUGCAGCCAGACACUUCUGACCUAGUGAAAGAUGAUAUGGUCCUGCCCCCAGCCUACCCACCUCCACCAGUUCCCCAUGUCAGAAAAGCUGCCUACUCAGAAUCAAGGACAAACUCCUUCGCUGGCAAACCUGCUGUGCCAGGACCACCACCACCUCCUAAAAGAAGCUUACCUGAUAUCAAACUAGAGGAUCUGUUAAGCUCGAGAGAACCCCAGUUACAGUGCCGAGCUGAACCUAAUCUAAAGAUUCAUCCCUCAAGCCGGAGACUGAGCGACCAGCUGCCCCCCGUACCCCCCCUGCCGCUUUUCAAAAAGCCAGUGUGUGUCAAAGAAUCUUGCUCAUUGCCUCCAGAGCCUCUGCCUCUAGCUCAAGUUCUCACUACUCCAGACGGAUGCGAGAAGCUGAAAACCUUAAACCUUUCACCGCGAACUCCUCCUCCACUACCAGGCAAUAAACCCAAGCUGUCACAGUUUACUGAGCCCAAAGAACAUGGCAAACCUGGACUGUUUGUGCCACCAGUGCUCCCAAAGCCACCUGUGCCAAGCCACCAGCACCCUGGAAUCAAGCCUAGGUCAGAGAAGCCUUCAUGUUCCCUGUUACAGAGAUCACCACCAGAUGGACAGAGUUUUAGAAGCUUCUCCCUUGAAAAACCAGCACUACCCUCCAAGCCAAAACAACCUGAUGAUGAUUCUGAUGAUGACUAUGAAAAAGUUGGGCUGCCGGCAUCGAUAUUUCUUAAUACCUCUGAAUCCUUCGAAGUUGAAAGGACCUUUAAAGCUAGUAGCCCACGGCAGCAACCACAAAAUGGAUUGUACUGUAUUAGGAACUCGUCUACUAAGCCUGGAAAGGUCUUGGUUGUGUGGGAUGAAUCUGCAGAAAAAGUGAGAAACUACAGAAUCUUUGAAAAGGAUUGCAGGUUUUACCUGGAUUCAGACAUCAUGUUUUUGAACAUGGGGAGCUUGGUGGAAUACUAUAGCACUCAUGUCCUACCCAGCCAUGACAGCCUCAUUCUUCAGUGUCCUUACGGUUACUCGAAGCCCAGGUGA